GAGAUUCCAUCUGGCGAUGUGACCGCGCGGCAUUGACGGCUAUGCAGCGCUCGCGGACUACCACGCAAAACAUGAACGUGUUCAGUCUUUGUGCGGAACAAUUUUGCCCGUCGCUGAAAUUCCUCAGUGUGAACGGCUGUCACGGAAGACCCAUUGAUGGUAAUGUUCACAGCCCGUAAUUCCGUUUGCGGAAUUGUGUGGGAAUCACGCAGUGUAACGUACCCUUGCGCUCUAAUGGAUGUAGGAGUUGACCAAUGGGUCAUGGAAAGAAAAGGGAAAUAAACACCAAACCCUUCUGUCCUGGUGGGGACCAUAAUAGGAGCCCUUUGGUAUGAGGCCCUUUCUUCUGGUCACAUGGUUGUAUUCUAGAUGACAGUAUAACCUCCAUCACAGCACUGUGAUGAUGGUGGGAACAGACGCCGGAAUCGUAGAGUUUGGACUGAUGCUGAACUACGUGACUGGACGGCUCCCGCUGACCUCCUACGCGUUCUAUGGCUGCCACUGUGGGCUCGGAGGGAGCGGGCUGCCAGUAGAUGAGAUUGACUGGUGCUGUCAGAUCCACGACUGCUGUUACGACUCUCUGCCCCACUGCUUCCCCCUGCGGCAGGUCUAUAGAUUCUCCCGUAUAAAUGGCAGCAUCACAUGCGGUAAUGAUGAGGAUCCGGAUGGAUGCGCCAGGCGGACAUGUGACUGUGACCGGGCGGCCGCCAUCUGCCUCCAGAGAUUCAACCAGCAAUAUAACAGAAGUAACACCUUCAACUUCUACAGGAAGGGAUGUUGGGGGCUGAAGCCGUCAUGUUGGGACCACACAGACCCCGAAUAUCCACACUCCAUAGAACACACUUAUCCUAAUGAUUUACAAAAAUAAAUGACCCCUUUAAAUGUCACCAAAACCACGGGCA